AUGCGGUACCAAAUGGCACGCGCCUCACAAAGACAGAAUAUUGCAAUUAUGCAACAGCAACAGCAAGCCGCCUUCGGCCAAUCGUCGAACCAACAGCCCUCGUUUCCUGGAGGGAACCUCUUUUCGCGCGUCAUGGGCUUCUCCCUCUUUGCUGGGCUAUUCCAGGCCGGCGCUAGGGGUCUUGGUGGAGCAGGGCACGAUCAAGGAGCGGGGAUGAACUAUCUAUGGAGCAGUGCCGCAUUAUUCGUGUUGGGGCUUCUUAUCGAGACGGGACGGACGUUUUGUCAGUGGUUGAUCGAAAGGGUGCAGUUCCAAUAUUCUAUCACAGCCCACUUCACGGAAGGCGACCCAGCGUAUGAAUGGCUGAUCCUUUUCCUGACCGAAAAGCAGAUCUGGAAAAAUUCGAAGGAGUUCCGUGUUUCUGCGACAUCUUCGAUCCGUAAAUGGGGUGUGAAACCCGACAGCGCUUCGGCCUCGGCCUCCGCAUCCGGGAAUAAACUUGCUUUGAAUCUGCCUUUCCUCUCAGACCUCAUCAAGGACUCUGCAGAGGUGAAGACGGACGACUCAGAUGAGAAGGCAACUCCCAAGAGCACAGACCGGGGCGCGCAUGCAGAAUACGUUCCGACGUUUGAAGCACCUCAAUUGUUCAAAUGGCGAGGUUACUGGGUCGAAAUUAAAAGGACGAAUGUGGCGGGCAGGCUGGGGAUGAUGUCGUACAACCCUAUGGGAGGGCCGAUAGGGAGCACGAUGUAUUUGACGAUAUAUACUCGAAACAUGAGCGUUCUCUCAUCCUUCGUCGAAGAAGCCAGGCUUGGGUACAUCAAGACCAGCCGGCCGCAUGUUAUCGUGCAUUCAGUGGAUCAGCCAAACUUUGGCCCCAGCUUUACUUGGAACAAUGCCAAGUCCAAAAGUCGUCGCCCGCUGAGUUCGAUCAUUCUUCAGGAAGGUGUCAUCAACUCCAUCGUGGACGAUGCGCGCGAGUUCCUCGAGUCAGAAGACUGGUACCUUCGGGCAGGAAUUCCCCACCGACGUGGAUACCUCCUCCACGGUCCGCCCGGGACGGGAAAGAGUUCAACUAUCUACGCCCUCGCGGGUGAGCUUGGCCUCGAAAUAUUCUCACUGUCUCUGGCGUCCAACUUUGUUGAUGAUGCUUUCUUGGCGCGUGCUGUGGCCGCUGUACCCAAGCAUGCCAUCUUUCUUAUCGAGGACAUCGAUUGUGCAUUCCCGACACCGCGCGAUGCUGAUGAUGAUGAUGGCAAUGCCUCCAUGAUGGGUAUGGGCAAUUUUGGUGGAGGCAUGGUCAUGAGCGCCAUGGGCCCAGUCAUGAGUGGUGCAGCUCGCAAAACCAGCCUGGUCACUCUUAGCGGUCUCCUGAACGUCCUGGAUGGCGUAGGUAGUGAGGAAGGGAAGAUAUUUUUUGCUACCACAAAUCACAUCGAACACCUCGACCCUGCUCUCAUCCGACCUGGCCGGAUCGACAAGAAGAUCCAGUACAAACUUGCAACUCAGGCACAGGCCGAAGCGCUCUUCCUGCGUUUCUAUCCUGAAGAUCUCAUGCCCUUCUUCUCGGCCUCCUCUGAGAAAUCCGCGCUGGAACUGUCUUCACUCGCGGCCUCGUUCGCCUCUGUCAUACCCGAACACGAGUUCUCGACUGCCGAACUUCAGGGCUACCUGCUGACAUUCAAAAAGGACCCCGCCGGUGCCUCGCACGGCGCAGCUGCUUGGAUUGCGCAGGAACAGCACGACAGGGAAGAACGGAAGCGAAAGGAAGCUGAGAAGAAAGCCAAGGCCAAAGAGAAGAGAGAAGAGAGGGAAGCAAGUGCGCUUAAAGGCCCUUUAGCGCGUCUGGGCGUGCAAGCAGGUGCUGCUAGUGGCGCACCGCAGGCACCAGCGAUGGUACCACUUCCAAUGCAGGUACAGGCCGGAAUUUCCGGCGGUCCCGGACGAGGAGCGACGAGAGCCAUGAGAGCCAUGAGAGGAGGAUUCGUGGGCGGCGUUGGAAUGGACGGUAUGAUGAUGAUGGUUCCACCACCUAAUACCUCCCAAGCUCUCGUCGGUCCUGGUACGGAUGACAUCGUUGUCGCCGACGCCGAUCCUGAGGCGUUACCAAACAAUGAAGAACCUUCAAGUUCGACUUCGAAUGCGUCGAAUGGCGACUCCGGAGAUAGGGAUACGAUCGGCAAUACUCCACCUAAGCAGCCUUUAGUCAACGGUAUAACCAUGGAGCCGGUCGACGCACCCGUAGAGUCGGUCCUAGAGUGA